AUGCCUCCACGAUUACCGCCAGUCCUGUCGGCAUAUUGCCGCCGGGCAGUACCUUCAUCUCCACGGCCGAUAUCCGCAUUCCUUGUACCCUUCCUGCAAGCUCGCAAUGCCUCCAUCCUGGCCAACCUCUCCGACAACCCAGGCGCAUACAACAAGCGCAUCCGUCGCGGUCGCGGUCCAUCGUCAGGCAAGGGAAAGACCUCCGGGCGAGGUCACAAGGGGCAGAAGGCGCAUGGAAAGGUGCCAGCGCGGUUCCAGGGUGGGCAGACGCCGCAGGAGAUCGUUCACGGGGUGAGGGGAUUCGAGAAUAGAUUCUCUGUUGAGAUGUCCCCGAUCAACCUGAACAAGAUACAGGAGUGGAUUGAUCAAGGCCGACUGGAUCCUACGCAACCCAUCACGCUGAAGGAACUGGUCGAGUCGCGCUGUCUGCACGGCAUCAAGGAUGGAGUGAAGCUACUGGCACGGGGGAAGGAGGAGCUCAAGACUCCAAUCAACAUUCUGGUGUCAAGAGCAUCCGCUGAGGCGAUUGCGGCGGUCGAGGCGGCGGGGGGCAAGGUCACGACGCGAUACUACACGAAGGCAUCCAUCAAGAGGAUUUUGAAGGGCGAGUCGGAGUCAAGCUUCACGCCGCUGGCUAUGGCAGUUCCCGGUGCGGAGGGCGAGUCUCCCAUUAUGGCUGCCGUGGCGCUGUCAUCUGGAUUCAAAUACCGUCUGCCUGAUCCCACCAGUCGUAAGGACCUGGAAUACUACAGAGACUACGCAAAAAGAGGAUAUUUGAGCCAUACGGUGGAAGAAGGCCACGGGCCCAGUCUGUUCUUCAAGACGCCGGGUAUGGGGAAGAAGAGGAGGGUUAAAAAGGCUGGCAAGGCGGUGGACACGGUGCUGGUUGGAGGUUUCCAGGCUGUUCAGGCUGUUGAGCGAAGUGGUGGUGCAGCAAUCCAAUCCCCAGAAUUUUCUCGACUCCGUGUAUCCAGUCAUUCCCCCCAAGUUAAUUACUCGACAUUUGGGACAGUUUACCGAUCGCUUCAUUUUCUUGUGAGCGUCCAAAAAUUUCACAGCUCUUCUUCCCCUAUCACUGGAGCUCGCUUGCUCCUAUGGAUGAACCUGGCAGUAGAGCUCGUCGAAGUAGUGGGUCCAGGCUUCACUCACCGUUACUUGUGCCUUGGAAUAAUUCUUAACAAGCGGAGCGGUGUUGGGGCAUUCAAUCCUCGGGCAAAGACUAUGGGCCUCGCAGCCAUGACACUGAUUGUGUUCGGUACUGCGAUGAACUUUGCCAUGUCUGUCAUGGUGAACCCGAAUGCUGGCAGCACAAAAGAAAAGGUUGGGUUUUUGUUUAGCGAACUUGGAUAA